CAGUUACUAUGCAAUCAUUAUUUAAUGAGUGAUGACUAAGGUGAAGGGCGCCUCAGUGCGAAGUGCACAGCAGACACCGCGCACUACCCCCAAUGACCCAUCGGAAUUGGCGACCUCCCCUGACAAUGUAGCUGCCCAGCCGGUCAACCCGGGCGAACAAACAGAACACAGAAAGAAGAAAUGGUCUCUAUUAAAGAUAUUGCGCCCCUGGGCCUGGAAGAGCUCGAGGAAAGAAAGGCCCAUGGAAAGACACAACUCUCUACCUCUAGUUUUAGAUCCCUACAGCAACCAGGGAGAGUUCUGCCAACAGCCGGUGGGGGCUGGCAUGGUUGGAAGUACGGGGGCCACAGGGUCAGUAAGACAGCAGAUGCAGAAUAAUACGGAUGGGCCGGUGAUCAAUGAUGCGACUGAGAGAAUGAAACAGGAGCUGACUGAAAAGUUUGCCGGUGGCUUUGGCAACAGAUCCAACAGCUUUACCCCAAAUGCGACAUCAGCAGUAGAUACGACAGACGGCCCACCGUACACCUACACUAAGCCCUCAUCCUCCUCUCUCCGCGAGCACAGCUCGAAUAACAGCAACAUUAGCAGUAAUAUCAACUCCAACCUUAACACCAUUUUCAGCCACAGCUCAGCUGCCUCUAAUAAUCCCAACAGAUAUCCCCACUCCGCAAGUGGAUCCGGGAAGCCGAUGGUAGGUGCCUCAGGAGACUCACAACGUCCCUCGUCUCAAGGAAUCCCGAGUCCCUUCGUCAUGACAUCCACGUCAUCAUCAACAGCAGCUGUGAGUCAUAGCAUCAAACCGCAUGUAGUAACCAGGUCGCCCAAUCAGUUUGGACCGCAGCAGCCCAGAAGAGCUGCGCAGGAGUCUACUUCGUCCAGCGAAGGCGGCGGUGGUGGCAAAGAUUCCGAAUCGGACGAAGAUGACGAGGAGGAUGAGCCCAUGCCAGACAACGCAUUCAGUCGGCUAGCUAACAUUGACAAACCCCAGAAGAUGAACAAUUCAUGGAAUUCGCCAGUGUUACCUCCUGCCGGCUACAACCGCAACAGCGGAGCACCAGUUGCCAACCACGCCCACUCCCAUUCAGCAGCCUCUGCCGUGUCCCCCACCUCCUCUACUUCUGGGGGAGGGUCUGCUGCUGGGGGUGUGAAGUUCAUGCCCACAGUGUCAACCAUAGGGUUCCCAGCUCCCUCGGGGGUGAGCAGGGGCAAUGUGAUAGCCAAUAGGAACGCGUCUGGUUUCGACCAAUCGGAACUGCAGCAACGUCUGAGACAGCGCAAUAAUAAGAACAGAGAACAGCAACAACAGCUAAACAACACUUCUAGUGUCCUGAAUAGUGCCAGUAGGUAUGAGAGCAGAUUGAGCGAAAAUCAUCAUAAUAACAACAACGACGAUGACGACGAAGAACUCUAUCCCUCCAAGCUGGAGCGGCGAAGGAGUCUGGCGAAGCACAUCCAGACUAGACCCACUCUGGCCGACUUGCACGAGAAGAACAUCAUCCCUUUGAGCAGUGCGAUGGAGAGCAGAGAGAAAAUCAAGAUGGAACUGACGCAGAAAUUGUCUCGCAGGAUAUCGAUGCGACCUUCCAAGCAGGAGUUGAUGGACAGGAACAUCUACUCAGAACUGACCGACAAACAGAAGUCGGAGGAGCUGGAGUCAAAGAAAUCGAAUCUAAACUAUAAGUUGAGUCAGCGUCCGACAGUUGAGGAGUUGAAAAAGAAGAAGAUUCUGCGGUUCGACGAGUAUGUACAUGAGACAGACGUGGAGGAAUACGACAGGAGAGCAGACAAACCAUGGACCAGACUUACCCCCACCGACAAGGCGUUGAUCAGAAGAGAGCUGAAUGAUUUCAAGACGACAGAAAUGGCAGUACAUCCAGAAAGCCAACAAUACACCAGGUUACACAAACCCUAGAAAACAGAGUACCCAAGAAAGCAUAAUGGCCAUGUUAAUGAAGCUCUGAGAGUAUCGACAAUAAUGUUCCAGUAUCUAUGAAAAAAUCCCGGAUGGAAACGUCUCUCAAUAGUUCGGGGCUGGUCAAUCGCAAGAAAGGGAUUAUCAUUUGUCAUCGUAGAAAUAGGAACAGCGGAUGGGGUUAUUGUGUGAAUCAGUAACAGCAGUUUGAAAUCCAAAAAAGAAAAGGAUAUGAUAAAAUUUAAGACUUCAUGGUAAUCGUAAGCGAAACUCAAUCACGCUCUUUUUGAUGCACACACAUUUUCAUGCCUUUUCAGUGAAAAUUUGGUCAUGUCAGCUCGUAAAUAUAAACUUAAAUGGUGCUAAAAUUUCUGAAUUUUUCUCUAUUUUGAAUAGAAUCAUAGUUGUGUAAGCCUAUCGUCGCCCGCCCGCCUGCAGCAUCCCAAGACGUGAACGAGUCCUAUUCGCGGUGUAAUGAAACGGCUAAGAGACUUGGACUGUUAUUUGCCCUAAGCAAAACUCUAUUCGCCCCUCUAAAUUUCUUCCCUCCGAACCGUUAAUUCUGUAUUCGUGUCAUGAUUUGUUACAAUACAUUUCGCAUACGAUAAGUGAGAUGCAUGUUUAAUUAGCUCUAUUUAAGGAAAUUAGAUUACAUAACAAUUAUUUCUGAUCCAUAUAUACGAUUUGAGUCAGUCGAAUUUUUACUGUUUUGGAUAAAAUUACAUGAAGUUGCCGCCAAUAAAGAAUAUAUAUUGUUAGAUAACAUUUUAUUCGAUAUUUUGUGCUGCUUCAGUCUAAGAGACUAUUUUCUUACCAAUUUCUAUUUAAUAUGUGUAAAUUAAUUACAUCUGAUCUGCAUCACGGCUCCACUUGAAUUGUUCUGAUUUCCUAUUCAAGCUUCUCUAGUUUUCCCAGACAGUUUUUGAGACAAUUCUACUUAGCACAGUAUUCGAACUUUAACAGACAUUUUCAAACCUUUUAUCUAAUAUCUAAAAUAUCUAGAGAAAUUGAAUUUCGAUCAGCUUUGGAAUAUCAUUUACAGCUAGAAUGAUUGCAAUCGAUACUUAAGUGCUAAAUUUGUAAUGCAGUGUUUUUCGCGAAGAGAUUUUUGACCUACCAAGAAUUACUUUUUGGCUAUCUAAUGUUAACAAAAAAGCUGUGUACGACUCAAUUAAAUGGAUGGCUUACCCUAAUGUAGGUCAAAAUUAUCUCGAAAACCAAAGAAAGCUAAACGCUGUAUCGAUUGAAUGAAUGGUGUAGAUAUUGCGAAUUUUUUUCGAGUCAUUUCUUACAUAAUAUCAUUUUCAAAUUGAAUAGUAUUCGCUAUUUUUUUAAGAAACAGUAGG